ACAAACGUAAUUGCGGAAACAAUUUCCCUGUGUGUACGGAUUAGCCCAUUUUGACGUUUAAUUUGUGAUUGUGGGUUAUUAAUAAGCGAUAUUAUCGUGUUAUUUAGUUGAUAUUUUACAGGGUUUACACUCUCAUGCUGCAUGACAUUGCAGGGAUGUGUGUUCAUUUUGAAUUUAAAUUGAACAUGUCAAUUAAGGAUUAAUCGGUGAAUCAGUCAUUUUCGCCCCUUGUAUAUUAUCUCACUUGCCUUCCUUAACUAAUUAAUUGAUUGAUACAAAAUUAAACUGUCAUAAUAAUGUUUUAGUUGUUUCCUUCAGAUUUUCGAGUUUGUUCAACUGCAGAUUUAUUGAUCCGACACAUUAUUUAUUAUAAGUAGUGUAAUAAGAAAUCAAUAAAAUGAUGGAUUAAACUUUAGUUUAAGCCUUUUUUACCAUCACCUGGUCAAAACAAAUAAAGUAAAAUGUCAUCACAAGAAGUGUUUGUGGAGGUUAAUGGACACGAGAUAUCUGCAGAUGAAACCACAGCGCCUUCUGCAGAUGUAAAAGAGCAGAGCCCGAAAGAACCUGUACCCAAUGUUUCUGAUGGAACAAGUGUUGAUUUAGAGGUAGGGGUACCAGAGCCCCUGGUUGAGACAAAAAAAGAAGAGAAACAUGAAACUUUGCCUAAAGAGCAGGUAAUAAGUGUUGAUUUAGAGGUAGGGGUACCAGAGCCCCUGGUUGAGACAAAAAAAGAAGAGACACAUGAAACUUUGCCUAAAGAGCAGGUAAUAAAUGACCAUGAUGACAAUGUUGAUCCAGGUGUAGACAUACCAGAGCUUGAACUGGAGACAACUGUAGCAGAUGAUAAUGAUGGUCUAAGACGGGAAUCAGUUACCAAAGAUUCACCGCCUUCAGUGGCACCAAAACCAAAGAGGCCUAGCACAAGCGUGGUGCAUGAUGCUCCACCGCCAUACCGCCCGCACCAGGAGCACACAGGUCACAUGAGUGCAGAGGAGAUGGACCAGCAGAGGAGACAGAAUAUCGCCUACGAGUACCUGUGCCACCUUGAGGAGAGCAAAGUAUGGAUCCAGGCGUGUAUCAAUGAGGAGCUGCCCCCAACAACAGAGCUGGAGGAGGGGUUGCGUAAUGGGGUCUACCUAGCCCAGCUGGCUCACUUCAUGGCCCCUACCCGCGUGCCCUUGAAGAGGAUAUACGACAGGGACCUGUCAAGAUACAAGGCGCGAGGGCUUCAUUUUCGGCACACAGACAACCUGAAUCAGUGGUUCAAGGCCAUGGAAGAAGUUGGCUUACCUAGGAUAUUCUAUCCCGAGACAACAGAUAUAUAUGAUAAGAAGAACAUGCCAAGGACCAUCUACUGUUUACAUGCACUCAGUUUGUACCUGUUUAAGCUGGGUAUGGCACCUCAAAUCCAGGACCUGUACGGAAAAGUCAAUUUCACUGAGGAGGAGAUCAGUGCAAUGCGCCAGGAGCUGGACAAGUAUGGCAUCCAGAUGCCCACAUUCAGCAAGAUAGGCGGUAUCCUUGCCAACGAGCUGAGCCAGGAUGACGCAGCACUGCACGCAGCCAUUAUUGCCAUCAACGAGGCCAUCGAGAUGCAGGUGCCUGCUGACAUCAUGGCGGCGCUAGGCAACCCUGCUGCCAACAUGGUGGCCGUCAACAAAGGCCUUGCUGAGAACUACAGCAGGAGCCUUUAUGAGGCGAAACAGGCCAAGGUUGAGAAAGCAAAGAAUAAGCGAGGGUCAGAGGAGGGUAUGGGCAAGGAGUUUGACGUCUAUGACGAGAUGCUCACACAGGCAGAACUCCAGGGAAACCUCAAUCUAGUCAACACAUCCCAUGCAUUGAGUGAGCUGAAUACAGCCUUGCUCAAGGAGGACCCUGCCUCAGUGCUUGCCUACUUGAAGUCCAGCGCGCUCGGCAUUCGCAACGUGAAGGAUGAGAACAUAGACCAGUAUGUCAUCCAGUUACAGGCUGCUAGACUGGUGAAAAAGAACAACAACAAUGGAGAGGAUGUGGCGUUAGACAAGGAUGACAUACAGCAGGCCGUCAACACAGCAAACCUGGAGGCAGAUGCAGAGUAUCAGAAGAGCCUAGCGGUGACAUCAGUCAACACAUCCAUAGACACCCGGGAUGUACCUUUGCUGAUGAAGACCCUUCAGCAUCCAAAGUCUCAACUGCCCGAGUGCUACGAGUUUGCAGGCACCCUCUACAUGGCAGAGUUCAUCAGUAUGAAGGAGGAGAAAAAUGAGGACCUCAACUACGAUGAGAUGUAUGGUGCAGUCAAAGUGCUGUCUUCCAUUGCGAAGAUCAAUAGAUGUGUUGACACGGGCAGCCCUGAAGAGACCUAUCAGGCCCUGUCAGCAGACACUGCAUGUAUUCCCAGCCUGGAUGAGGAGAACAGUGACCGGUACCAGAAGGCACUCGUGGAAGCCAAGAAAGCUAAACGUGGGGAGGAGUGUGAGUUACUGACCCAUGCAGACAUCACAGAUGUCGUGGAGCAAGUGAACAGUCAGGUGGAGGAGGAACACCUACGAAUUAUGGCCAUAUCUAAGAUCAACGAGUACAUAGAUCGUGGUAAGCCUGAGGACACACUGGAGAUGUUGAAGCUGCCAGAGGCCAAGUUGGAGCAUGUGGAGGACAGGCAGGCCUACCAGUACCAGGUGCUGCUCAUACGUCAGAAGAAGCUCAAGGCUGAGAAACAAAAGGUGGACAGUGCAGAACUUUGGCUGGAUGAGAUCCAGUCGUCUGUUGACUCAGCAAACAGUGAGGCCAAGCAGGGCGUUGAAUUGUCCAUGGGCGUUGCUGCCAUCAAUGAUGCUGUUGAUGCUGAUGACCAUGAGGCACUGUCAGUGGCACUGGCUCUACCAGGGGUGGGUGCUCAGAAUGUGCGACAUGACUGUGCCCACACAUACCUGGAGAAACUGCACAACCUGAAGGAGAAGAAACGUCAGACAGGCACAACAGGCAGUGGGUGGAUGAUGAACCGUACAAGCAGUGGGGCCAAGUUCUUCUUCAACACUCACACCAUAGACUACCUGUGGAGCCGCACGGACGAUGUUGUCAAGGAUCAUAGCCUCCUUACCAAAGACGAAAUACAGGGUGUGCUGAAUGAGGUGACAGACGCACGUAACCGAGAGAUGCUGUUUGAGGCCAAUGAGGACUUCAUCGUCAAGGUGCAGGCCAUUGCCCGUGGUUACAUGGCGAGGAAAAACUACCGGGGCCGCCUGGCCUUCCUGCAUAACCAGGAGCCUUCUGUUGUGAAAAUUCAGGCAUAUUGGAAAGGCUUUCGACAGAAGAAAGCCUACAAAGAUAGACUGAACUUUCUGGCACAGAAUGCAAAAUUCUCCACAAAGAUCCAAGCAGUUGUUCGCAUGUGGCUGGUGAGGAAAAGGUUCAAGGAUAGGCUGAAGUACUUCAAAGAUCAUGAGGCCGAGAUUGUGAAGCUUCAGGCAUUUGUGCGCUCCAACAAGGCCCGACAUGACUACAGAGCCCUCAUGUAUGAGAAGAACCCCCCGCUGGCAGUGGUACAGAGGUUUGUCCACCUUCUAGACACCAGUGACGCAGACUAUACUGAGGAGCUGGAGCUGCAGCGGGUCAAGCAGCAGGUGAUCAGUGAGAUCAAGGGCAACCAGCAGCUGGAGCAGGACCUGGACACCAUGGACGUGAAGAUAGGGCUCCUCAUCAAGAACAGGAUCACACUCCAGGAUGUAGUGAUGCUAAACAGAAAGCUUGCCAAGCAGCGCGAAGUGCAGCACGGCGGCAAUCGUCGCAGCGUGGCCCCCACAAAGGGCCUGAAAGUGAUGUCCAAGGAGAGCCAUGACCGCAUGGAGGCCUAUCAGAACCUGUUCUACCUGCUCCAGACUAACCCCACAUACCUGGCCAAGCUGAUCUUUGAGAUGCCCCAGGACCGCACCACCAAGUUUAUGGAGUCCGUGAUUUACUCGCUGUUCAACUAUGGCAGUAACGUACGGGAGGAGUAUUUGUUGGCGAAGCUGUUUAAGACUGCGUUAGAGGAGGAGAUCAUCUCCAAGGUUGAGAAGAUAACGGACAUUGUGACAGGAAACCCCCUUGUUAUCAAGAUGAUUGUAGGCUUCAACAGAAAUCAGCGCGGUCAGAAUGCCCUGAAGGAGAUGUUGCAGCCGCUGGUUGAGAAUGUUGUCUCAGACAAGGGCCUGAAGAUCAACACCAACCCCAUUGAGGUGUACAAGGUCUGGGUCAACCAGCAGGAGUCCGAGACAGGAGUAACAAGUACGUUGCCAUACGAUGUAAGCAUAGAGCAAGCCUUGAAGCAUCCAGAGGUGUGUGCCAAGCUGCGCGAGUCCACAGAUGCUCUACAGACCCUCACUGACCGCUUCCUCAACGCCAUCCUGCAGUCUGUAGACAAGAUACCGUAUGGCAUGAGAUAUAUGGCCAAAGUACUGAAAGCAGCAUUACAGAAGAAAUUUCCUGAAUCUGAAGAAAAAGACAUCCUGAAGAUUGUUGGUAACCUGCUGUAUUACCGCUACAUCAACCCAGCCAUUGUGUCCCCGGACGCGUUUGACAUCAUCAAUGUCAGCGUGGAUAAGGCCCUCACCAUGGAUCAACGCAGGAACCUUGGAUCUGUCGCCAAAGUGCUGCAGUUUGCAGCAGCAAAUAAAGGGUUUGGAGGGGACUCUGCCUAUCUGUCUCACAUGAACACCUAUAUCAAGGAAACCCAUGAGAAAUUCAAGAAGUACUGCCUUAUGGCGUGUGACGUGGAAGAGCCAGAGGUGAAGUUCAACAUUGACCAGUACACGGAUGUGACGAUGAUUAUCAAGCCUGUCAUCUACAUCUCCAUACAGGAGAUAGUCGACACACAUCAGCUUUUGCUAGAUCACCAGGACCGUAUCGCCCCUGACAACCACGACCCUCUCCAUGAACUGCUGGAGGAUCUGAGAGAGGUGCCCACGGGACAUGAGCUGCUGGGUGUGGAGGUAGCAGAGAAUGAAAACCUUGAGGAGCAGAUCCAUGCCCAGCUGGCCAAGACUGAGAUCACCCUCACCCUCGUCAACAAGUUUGAGGUGCCUGACGAUGAUCAGACGGACAUCAAAACACUCCUCAUACUCACCAAACGUAUGGUGAUUGACGUGAUAGCCUGUCAGUCAGGAGACUCAUUGCUGCAAAUCCUGGAGAAACCUGCCUCAGAGGCAGAGGAAGAGGUGCAUUCGUCGCUCGUUCAGCAGCGAGACAAGCGUGCUGCACGGACCCAAGGCAAUCUGGUGAGACAGCAGUCCAUGUCGGGUGACUUCCGUCUGCCACUGAACCUCAUGAAGACAAAGAUCAAGAAGAGUCUACAGAACCUGGAACUGGCGAGUGUGGUGUCCAGGAAGGAUGGCUAUCAGGAGAUCAUCAACCUCAUAGCUCAGGACAUCCGUAACCAGAGGCGUUACCGCAACAAUCGUAAACAGGAGUUAAACAAGCUCCGACAGACUCUUAAGUCCCUCAAUGAAAAACACAAGUUCUAUGAAUCCCAGGUGGACUAUUACAACCAAUAUGUGAAAACAUGCACGGAAAAUAUGCAGUCAAAAGGAAGGUCUCACAAGGCGAAGGCUAACAAGACCGCACGCAAGGCCCAGGGUACUAUCAAAUACAACGGAGCCAAACUAAACGAGAAAGGAGUUAUUCUAGAGAUAGAGGGUCUGAAACCCAACCAGUUCAAGAACGCCCAGUUUGAGAUUGCGGCCACUGCUGACCCGGGCGUGUUUGAGGUAGGGGCCAAGUUCAUGGGCAUCGAGGUGGAGAAGGUGGAUCUCAUCUUCCAGGACCUGCUACAACUGCAGUAUGAGGGUGUAGCAGUCAUGGAGAUGUUUGGAAAGACGAAGAUCAAUGUCAACCUUCUGAUCUUCCUCCUCAACAAGAAAUUCUACAGCGGAAGCAAGUAGUACCUUCACAAUCAUGUCCAGGUUCCAAUGAAAAUGGAUGUAAUGAAGAUUUGAUAUAAGACACUGAAUUUUUUAAUUAUUACCAAUUUUCCUGACUGUUGAGGAAAAAUGUACCGGUAGUUUAAAUUUUCAUUAUUGAAUAUUGAUCAUAAACUUAUUUUGAUGUUACUCUUUUUUGUUAGCUUCUUAAUGUAUUAUAUCCUAAGGCUUUAACUUAGUAAAUGGCUAGUUUAAAUAGAGUGAACCACAUUUGUCAUUUUGAUAUGACUUUAGAUACAUUUGUUACAUGACUUGUUCUUAAAGUAUAGCAUAGAUUUGGCUAACUGCUUUUAAGGAUAGAAAAAUCAAAAAAGCAAUUUGGUAAUAAAAGGGCAUUUUUGCAUUUGUAGUCUUGUGUACAGCUUGUUAGUCAUUAAUAAUACUGAAUAAAACUGAAUAUCUGAAUUUCCUCUAUUGUAGGUUCUUGAAUUUCUUCAGAUUUUGAAUUUAAAACAUUCUACAAACAGAAAAGGUUUUAAAAUGGACAUUUCAUAGCAAAAUGUCUUAAACAUUGUCUGUAUUGUGUUGUUUUUGCUCACUAUUCUGUAGGAUAUAGUUAUGUAUUUUAUAUUAUACACAUAUAUUAUACCAUUUGGAUGCCAGAAGCUAUGUGUAUCAUAACAUUCUAAAGCAUAGCUUCAAAGAUGGUUUGGUAGUUUGCUUUAUGCCUAAUAUAAUCCAAUAGUAUAACUAUGGUCUUGUUUAUCAAGAAAUUAGUGAAAAAGUUGAAUAUUUGCUUAUCAUGAUUUUAUUGUUCUUACAUUUACUUGUAAGAAAGAGGCAAUAGUUAACAUUUUAUAUUAGUUGAUUAUACUAUACGUUACGUUAUUAUAUAAUAAAUAUCAUAUGGGAAAUGAUUUAUAUAUUUCUAUCCCUCAGUAAGAAGUAUUGUCUUAAUGUUUACAUGUUCAAUCUUUUGCUGUUGGUAUUAAGAGGGCCAAUAUAAACAAUAACAUUCCUGUAUGGACCAAAUAUUUUUGCUUUUUGAUAAAACACAUUAUUUUUUAUGCGAAUUUCUUGACUGUUUGUCUUCCACUAUUUUUAGCUCACCUGAGCACAACGUGCUCAUGGUGAGCUUUUGUGAUCGCCUUUUGUCCGUUGUUCGUUGUGCGACGUAAACAUUUGCCUUGUUUACUCUCUAGAGGCCACAUUUAUCGUCCAAUCUUCAUGAUAUUUGGUCAGAAGAUUGGUUUCAAUGAUAUCUUGGAUGAGUUCGAAAAUGGUUACGUUUGCUUGAAAAACAUGCCUGCCAAGGGGCGGGGCAUUUUUCCUUAUAUGGCUAUAGUAAAAUCUUGUUAACACUCUAGAGGCCACAUUUUUUGUCUGAUCUUCAUGAAACUUGGUCAGAAGAUUCAUCCCAAUAAUAUCUUGGAUGAGUUCGAAAAUGAUGCCGGUUGGUUGAAAAACAUGGCCGCUAGGGGCGGGGCAUUUUUCCUUAAAUGGCUAUAGUAAAACCUUGUUAACACUCUAGAGGCCACAUUUAUUUUCCGAUCUUCAUGAACCUUGCUCAGAAGAUUUGUCCCACUGAUAUCUUUGAUGAGUUCAAAAAUGGUAAUCUUUGCUUGAAAAACAUGGCUGCCAAGUGGCGGGGCAUUUUUCCUUAUAUGGCUUUAUAUGGCUUUAGUAAAAUCUUGUUAACACUCUAGAGGCCAAAUUUAUUGUCCAAUCUUAAUGAAACUUGGUCAGAAGAUUCUUUCCAAUAAUAUCUUGGACGAGUUCGAAAAUGAUGCCGGUUGGUUAAAAAACAUGGCCGCUUUGGGCGGGGCAUUUUUCCUUAAAUGGCUAUAGUAAAAGCCUUGUUAACACUCUAAAGGCCACAAUUAUUGUCCAAUCUUGAUGAAAUAUGGUCAGAAGAUUUGUCUGAAUGAUAUCUUGGAUGAGUUCGAAAAUGGUUACGUUUGCUUGAAUAACAUGGCCGCCAAGGGGCGGGGCAUUUUUCCUUAUAUGGCUAUAUAAGGCUACAGUAAAAUCUUGUUAACACUCUAGAGGCCACAUUUAUAGUCCGAUCUUCAUGAAACUCGGUCAGAAGAUUCAUCCUUAUAAUAUCUUGGACGAGUUUAAAAAUGAUUUCGGUUGGUAGAAAAACAUGGCCACCACAGGGGCGGGGCUAUUUUCCUUAUAUGGCUAUAGUAAAACCUUGUUAACACUCUAGAGGUCACAUUGAUAUUUCGAUCAUCAUGAAACUUUGGAUGAGUUUGAAAAUGGUUUUGGUUGCUUUAAAAACAUGGCCACCAGGGGCGGGGCAUUUUUCCUUAUAUGGCUAUAGUAAAACCUUGUUAACACUCUAGAGGCCACAUUUAUUGUCCAAUCUUCAUGAAAUUUGGUCAGAAGAUUGGUCUCAAUGAUAUCUUGAAUGAGUUCGAAAAUAAUUAUGUUUGCUUGAAAAAAAUGGCUUCCAAGGGGCGGGGCAUUUUUUCUUUUAUGGCUAUAGUAAAAUCUUGUUAACACUCUAGAGGCCACAUUUACUGUCCGAUCUUUAUGAAACUUGGUCAGAAGAUUCAUCCUGAUAAUAUCUUGGAUGAGUCCAAAAAUGAUGCCGGUUGGUUGAAAACAUGGCUGCCAGGGUGUGGGGCAUUUUUCCUUAUAUGGCUAUAGUAAAACCUUGGUAACACUCUAGAGGCCACAUUUAUUUUCCGAUCUUCUUGAAACUUGGUCAGAAGAUUUGUCCCAAUAAUAUCUUGUUAUCUCAGGUGAGCGACUUUGGGCCUUUUAGGCCCUCUUGUUUGUUAGUGCUGUACAUGUUACCCCUAUACUCAUGUUGCUUGCUUUUAUCUUGUUACUGUAUGUUUGUUGCUUUUGACUGUUGAGCCUGUUUCAAGCUUGCCUUAUGGAAAUGUGCUUUCAUGUUAAAUAUGUUUACCUUUAGCACUGGAAAUGGUUUACUUUAAUCAUAAUUAUUGUUGAUUUAACCAACAAGUGCUCCUAAUAUGUAUCAUGUUAUCUUAAGAAAAUUGUACAGCAGAGACACAUAAUAUUAAAGAAGAGAAGAUAUACAUGUAUUGCACAAGUUUAAUAAUUUACUCUAGUCACAUUUCUAGUAUUUGCCGACCACUUCACGACUUUUGUUUUUUUCAACAUAUUUUAGAAUCGUUUCAAUUAAAUGUCAUCCUUUUACUAUACUGCCUAUAUAUUAAACUGUGUGUACAUUUAGUUACUUUUUCUUGAUCUGUCAAAGUCUUUUUAGAUAUGUGGCAUUUAUCUUAUAUUACAAAACAGUGUGUUCAAGUUGAUGCAAUACAUAUUUAUUGUGGCCUUUGUUCAAACAAAUCUGUAAAUAAAGCCUUUUAAAUAGAUAUCGUGCUUCACCUUGUAUUAAUUUAUUAUCAUGUAGACUAUAAUGUACUGAAUUCUUUGCUUUUCUUUUUCAAAGUGAAUAUUUCUCAAAAUAUUGUUACAUAUGAAACAACUUCGUAAAGUUGUCUGUUUUACUAGGGUAAUACUAGGGUAAUACUAGUUGUUAGAAUUAUACUUGCUUUUAAUGAAUCUCUCUGGCUCUCUAAGAAAACCAUCUUAAUGCAUGUGCCUAAAGUGUCGUCCCAGAUAAGCAUGUGCAGUCCAGUUGAUUUGUAUAGACAAAGAAUGAAUAAAGUUGUUAAAGGAAAUUGCCAAAAAAUUGUUCAUUUUUUAUAUCAAAUGGCCAUGCUUAAUUGUGCACUAUAAAAAUGCAUCAAACUUCAUGUUUCUGUAGCAUGUGUUAAAACAAAACAAUUUUAUAACAUAUUUAUCAUAAUAAGUACAUUAUUAAUACAUUCUUGUUACAUGUUAAGAUGCAUGUAUAAUUACAAACUGUUUAAUAAACCAUAUUUAAACAAAA